AUGAACUCCAAACCCAAGAUCAUAGCCAAUAUUUCAAUCCUUCUCAUGGUAAUUAUCAACCUGGAUGAAUCUCAAGCAAUCAAGAAAUGGACAAGGGAAAGCCCGUCGGCCUCACCCCAACUCUAUUUUCACAAGGAAUUCGAAAAACAUUCAACAAAAGGGAACCCAAUAGUAACCAAAAAAAUUAGCGAGGAUAAUGAUUUGAUUGAAAAAAAUUGUGUCAUUUACACUCCUCCUGUGCCCGAUGAUGACUAUGUAGAAUCACAAGGCUGUUAUGUUAACAUGGCGACACCAUACAGUAACGAUAUUGCUAAUGUCUUGUGCAGCGGAAAAAUUGAUAUUGAUAAUUUGAUGGCAAGUGAGGAGUGCAGUAUGAUUGGGAUUUUGGGUAAAGACUGCUGGUUUGGUGAAUUCAGUGAGGAUGUCAUAAAACGACAUCACUGUCAAGAGGAUUUGGAUUUGAUUAAAGACAGGGCUACGCAAAUUUAUCAUGGUUGCGUGGGAUAA